AUGAAGAAGGCUGGCAUGGUGGGAUGCACAGCUUGCCACACUCCUCUCCCUUCUACAACAAAAAUUUCUGCCCUUGGAGGUUCAAAUUUCCAUGAUCCAAGUUUGUAUCGUUCUGUCAUUGGAAGCUUGCAAUAUCUAACCAUUACCAGGCCUGAAAUCAGCUUCUGUGUCAACAAACUUGCUCAGUUUUUUCAAUCUCCCCUGGAUUCACAUUGGAAAAUGGUCAAACGUGUGCUGAGGUAUCUGAAUGGCACAGCAUCUUAUGGCUUGCAUCUUAAGAAGGACUCUGAAAUGAACAUUGCUAUGAAGAUCACUGCUUAUAGUGAUUCUGACUGGGCUGGUGACCCUGAUGACAGAGAGUCAACCACUGGAUACUGUGUGUUCCUUGGCUCCAAUCUGGUAUCCUGGGCUUCGAAGAAACAAACGGCUGUAGCCAGGUCUAGUACUGAGGCAGAGUACAGGAGCAUGGCAGAGACAGUAGCGGAGCUAGUGUGGAUAAGGAAUCUUAUGGCUGAGUUAAAAUUAGCUAUCUCUGAGGCACCUGUAGUGUAUUGUGACAAUCUGAGUGCUGUAUUGUUGGCAGCAAACCCAAUCUUACAUUCCAAAUCCAAGCAUUUCAAAAUUGAUCUUCACUUCGUCAGAGAUCAUGUCACCAAUAAAGAAAUUCAAGUGAGUCACAUUCCAGGGGCAACACAGGUGGCAGAUAUUUUCACCAAAGCAAUACCUUCUGAGACUUUUCUACACUUUCGAACCAGGCUAAACAUCUGUGAUCAACAAGCAGUUGCAAGCACUCCAGAAAGGAAAAACUAG